AUGGCCCCAUCCGCCGACCCCAUCGCUGCUGCGCCUAUCCUCCCAGCUCCGACCCAUCCCGAUCGCCUGCGCGUCGACCGAAGCACCAAAGCCUUCGGAAGUGGGGCCACUUCUCUCGUCGACCUCCCCGCGGGUGCUGUCUUUGCCAAGAUCACCACGGCUACACCCGGCACGAAGGCCUACACCAGCGUGCAGACCGGUCCGGACAGCCACAUCGAGCUCAAUUCCGACCUGGUCUACUGCAACCACUCUUGCGCACCUACUCUGAACUUCGACAUGGAUCGCAUGGAAGUGCGCGUCGUAGACAACCGUCCUCUCAAGACAGGCGACGCCCUCACCUUCUUCUACCCCAGCACCGAGUGGGAGAUGGACCAGUCUUUCCAGUGCACCUGCGGGGCGGGUGAUGGAGUCUGCAGAGGCUGGAUCUCUGGAGCCAAGACCAUGUCUAAUGAUGAGCUGGACGGAUACUGGCUCAAUGGACACAUCGCGCAGCUGUUGGCUGAGCGCAAGUGA